CUCGUCAUCACAUGCAUUAUACAUUACUUACAAAAUUAUCACUAUCAAAAGAUUCGAAAGAUUAUUAUACGAAUUUCAAAAGUAGUUCUCAAAUCAGACGGUUGAUCUAUUGGAUCUUUCACAAUAUUACUCCACGCGGCAAGAAUGGGAGAGGUCGUCUACGACGUCUUGACCCGGCUAGCUAAAAGCAUUUUCCUAUUUAUUAUAAUCCACCUACCAUCCCGUAUACUGCAGAGACUAUUGCAAUUUGCAAUCCAGAUAACUUGUUGCGUGGUCCGAAGCAUCGGUGAUCUUCCAAAUCAACGGUUAAGAAGUCAAAUGAUACAAUCACGACAUUAGCGUGAGACGUAUGAUGUCGACUUUCAAGUUUUGUGGUAGUGGGUCCCCACCACGAAGCCAGUCCACCAACUCCCACCCGCCAAGUCCCCAAAACCAGAGUAGGGUUGGUGAAAACAGCUUAUCCAUCCACCGGAAACCGCUUUCCACCAACUCCUCAGCCACCUUAAAAAUCGUUCUUUGCAAUUCCUCUCUCGAAACUUCUCUGUCUGGUUCGAAACAAUUACCAUGUCGACAGAAACGCAAGCCCCGCCGAACUUCUGGGGCGACAUGCCCGAGGACGAAUACUACGCGUCACAAGGAGUGCGAAACACCAAAUCAUACUUCGACACCCCGAACGGGAAGAUCUUCACGCAGUCAUGGAUACCGUUGGAUCUCCCAAUUAAGGCCACCGUCUUUAUGACACAUGGCUACGGUUCCGACACCGGUUGGCUCUUCCAGAAGAUCUGCAUCAGCUUCGCCACCUGGGGCUACGCCGUCUACGCCGCCGAUGUCCUCGGCCACGGGCGAUCCGACGGCAUACGUGCCUACCUCGGCGACAUGGAGAAGAUAGCCGCCACCUCCCUAUCGUUCUUCCGCAGCGUCCGCCAAAGCGAGGAGUACCGCCACCUGCCGGCGUUCCUCUUCGGCGAGUCCAUGGGUGGGGCGGCCACCAUGCUGAUGUAUUUUCAGUCCGAGCCCAACACGUGGACGGGCUUGAUCUUCUCGGCCCCACUCUUCAUGAUACCGGAGGAGAUGAGGCCCUCGAAGGUACGCUUAUUUCUGUACGGCCUCAUGUUCGGGAUGGCUGACACGUGGGCAUCGAUGCCGGAUAAUAAGAUUGUUGGGAAGGCGAUCAAGGACCCCGAGAAGCUGAAGAUCAUCGCCGCGAAUCCGCGUCGGUACAGGGGAAAUCCGAGGGUGGGGACGAUGAGAGAGCUGGUGAGGGUGACGGAGUACAUACAAAAUAAUUUCUCGAAGGUGACGAUCCCGUUUCUAACGGUGCAUGGGACCGCGGACGGAGCGGCGUCGUAUGAAGGAUCCAAGCUGCUAUAUGAGAACGCGUCGAGUGUGGACAAGACGUUGAAGUUGUAUGACGGGAUGUAUCACUCGUUGAUACAAGGGGAACCUGACGAGAAUAGCGAACGGGUAUUGGGCGACAUGAGAGAGUGGAUUGACGCGAGGGUGGAAAAAUAUGGCUCCUUGUAACGUGGGUCGGACUUCCGGCACGUCGAAGUGAAUUGUGUCAGAUUCCGGCGAGCCGGGUUUGGAAUUGGGUUGCGGUUGGGCUGGGGGGGGGGAUUAUUGAAAAUGAAAGUUGUUAAAGAAGGGAAUUAAUAAAUUGGUUAUUUGAGGAAGGGGGUGUUUGUUGAUUGUUAGUGUGUAAAAGCAUUUUUGUUUUUACUCCCUUGACAAUGUGAAGAUGAGUUUAAUCAACUUUUUCUUGGUUGAGGCA